CGUCCCAGGCUAGCUUAGCAUCGCUAGCUGCUAAGAAAGGGACAAAGCGGAAGUGAUCGACGCGUCGCUAAGUGUGCGUUUAAAGUGUGAAAAUGUGCAAAGUAGAAAUGCUGAGAGUGUUGGUGAAGCAGCGACUAACUGCUGCUGUGGAAGAAAUAUUUGUAGUGUUAGAAAGAACCAUAGCAGAAUACGAGGAGGAACUUUCUAGAACAAAAGAGGAGAACGAGCGACAACGUCAACUACUGGACGCUCUUUUCAACAAACAUCAACAAACAGGCAUCAACAAGGAACAUAUUUAUCCUCGGCAGCAGGGGCGGAGCUCCAGGGUGGAGGAGGAGGAGCCACUUCCCCCCCUCGUUAAAGAGGAAGAAGAGGAACACAGCAUCAGUCAGGAGGAGCAUGAAGGACUGGCGGAGUUCCCGGUGAUUGUGAAGAGUGAAGAAGACGAGGUCAAAGGUGAAAGAGAGGCGGAGCCUCCAAGCGGCAGCUCAAGUCAACACAUGACAACAGAAGACUUGGCUCCGCUCUCAGAGAGUGACCACACCACAUCUGCCGACACGGACGAGGACUCCAAAGCCGAGGCGACGCACCUGAAAUGUUCCCUUUGUGACAAAACCUUCGGCAAGAAGGUCAACCUGAAAAGACACGUGAGGAUCCACACGGCGGAGAAGCGCUUCAUGUGCUCCUUCUGCGGCAAGAGGUUUUACCACAAGGGACACUUUGAGACGCACAUGAGGACGCACACCGGAGAGAAACCCUUCUCCUGCUCGGUGUGCGGCAAGAGCUUCUCCCAGAAGAUAACCCUCAUCGCGCACGCCAGGACGCACACCGGAGAGAAACCGUUUUCCUGCUCGAUGUGCGGCCAGAGAUUCACGUACAGCACCAACCUGACCGCACACAUCCGGAUACACACCGGGGAGAAACCUUUCAGCUGCUCCGUGUGCGGAAUUCGCUUUGCUCGGAAUUUUGAUUUGAAAAAGCACGUGGCAAAACACACGGCUUCUAAUAAUGCUGCUGAUGCUUGAAAGUCAGUUCGCUUACAUGUCGGUCCUUUCACAUACAUCUGACGCCUUUGACACGAUUUACUGGACAGAAAACUGAAAAAGUGUCCAGCUUUUUUAAGGAACUUGGUAAGGAAAGGACAGCAUUACUCUGGAAGAAAAAUAAAGCAAUGAGUUGUAGUGCUGCUAACUGACAUCAUGAAAUGUGUGUUGUGA